UUUUGUUAUUUUAAGGGUACAGGGAGCGUCCAGUCACUUCAGAACAGCAGCAUCAGUUCUGGAUCCACCAAAGGUGCAAUGGGGAAAGUAAUGAAUCAAGGAGAUAACUACUUGAUGUUUGUUUACUUUAGUGAACCAGUAAUGGCUGUUAAACACAAUGCUCGACCGAAAAUAACUAAAAACGAUGCAGCAGUAUUACGUUUUGUAAACCGAGAUAAUUUGAAUAGGUUUUUGGGGUUAUGUAUCGACGGGCCCCAAUAUCUUUCUGUCUGGAAAUAUUGCAGUCAUGGUUCACUACAGAACUUGAUAGAAGCAGGGACCCUUAACAUUGACACAUUUUUUAUGCUAUCGAUAAUGCGAGGCUUAUGUGAGGUGAGUACCUUGACAGUUUAUUUAGCAUGGCACGGUAAUCUCACCUCAUCGUGCUGCUUGCUUGACGAGCGCUGGCAGGUGAAAAUCAGCGAAUACGGGCUUCAUUUCCUUAAACGACUGGAGCUAAGACCUAAAGAAAUCAGGAAUUUAGCUUAUUUAUGGACUGCCCCAGAACUUCUUCGUCAGUCGAACAACAUUGGAACGAAGGAGGGAGACAUAUAUAGUUUUGCAAUUAUAUGCUCCGAAAUUGUGACCAAAAAGCCGCCAUUCGAUUUCAAUGAGCGGGAAGAAAGUGUCGAAGGUGAAAAAUGCUGGGCUGAGGAUCCGAGCUCACGUCCUGAUGCCAGAAACAUCAGAGAAGUCUUGAACUUACUAGGCCAAAAAGGGAAUUUAAUGGAUCAUGUCUACAAUAUGAUGGAAGAACAUGCUCAAAAUUUAGAAGAGGAAGUUGAACAAAGAACGCAAGAGCUGAUAGAAGAACAAAAGAAAUCUGACCGACUCCUCUACAGGAUGCUUCCAAAGCAAGUUGCUGAAAAACUAAAACGAGGCGAAACUGUCAUACCAGAAUCAUUUGAUGCGGCUACCGUCUUCUUCUCGGAUGUCGUUAAGUUCACUGAACUAGCUAGAAAAUGCACCCCCAUUCAAGUUGUGUGUUUUCUAAACAACCUCUAUACAGUACUGGACGCAAUAAUUGAACAGUGCGAAGUUUACAAAGUAGAGUCUAUUGGCGAUGGAUAUUUGUGUGUCUCAGGAUUACCACAUCGAAACGGCAAUGAUCAUGCUCGUGAAAUUGCAGAAAUGGCUUUCAAAUUCCUUAGUCAACUGAAAACAUUUGUAAUUUCUCAUCUUCCUGAAGAGAAAGUUAGAAUCCGCAUUGGUAUACACACCGGGCCUGUGGUAGCUGGAGUGAUUGGACAAGCUAUGCCCCGCUACUGUUUGUUUGGUGACACCGUCAAUACAGCUUCCAGAAUGGAAAGCAAUGGAGAACCAGACAAAAUACACAUAUCUUCAGAAACUAACAGAUAUUUGACACAGGUCAUAGGCGGCUAUCAAACCGAGUGUAGGGGUGACAUUAUUAUAAAGGGAAAAGGAGUCAUGAAGACAUUUUGGCUAAUUCCGCCGGACUUAGAAGUUGAAAAAAAAGAAUCAAACACCACUUAA